AUGCGUCACGACACGGGCGACACGGCGCUCUGGGACGCCGCCAGACGCUGCAACGUCGACGAGCUCCAGCAACUCGUGCGCCGCGUGGACGCCCCCGUGCGCGUAAACGAGCCGCACGCCGAGCGCGGGACGACGCCGCUCAUGGUGGCGGCCACGAAGAAGCGCGGGGCGGCCACUGUGCGGGCGCUCCUGGCGCUUGGCGCGGCGCCCAACGUCACGGACAGCGGCGCGCACCACAACACGGCGCUGCACUACGCGGCGUACCACAACCGCACGCAACCGCUCGAGCUGUUGCUGGCGGCCGGAGCCGAUCUCUUUGCGCUCAACGGCAGAGGGCACACGGCGCUGGACGUGGCGCGACUGCGCGGCCGACGGGAAGCCGCCGCCGCGCUCACGGCCCGUCUCGAGCUCUACAGCGGCUGGCUCCGCCUCCGGUCCAAGUCGCUCAUGGGGUUCUGGAAGCGCCGGUGGUGCGUCCUCAUUGCGUGCAACGCCAAGCGCUCGACGGCAGAGCUCUGUGUCUUCCGGUCGCCCACGCGCGUGCACCCGGAGGCGGUGCUGUGGCAGGACAGCAAAUCGACGCAGCAGUACGGCGUGCGGCCGGGCGACAAGGCACACGACUUCCACUUGGACACGCGCGUGGCCUACCAGAAGCUCCGCUGCCGCCGCUACAGUCGCUACAUCUCGUCAGGUCGGACGUACGUCCACAAGGCCAAUGUCCAGCCCCGGGAGUUUGUCUUUGCCUGUGAGUCGGCGGGCAGUCGCGCCGCGUGGCUGCGCGCGCUGGAGAACCGCCAGCGCGAAAGCGACUGCACGAACAUGACGUUCAGCUCGUCGUACAUGGGCUCUCCGCCUACGUCGAGCUCGAGAUCCCGGGGACCCGUUGUGUCGGACGGACCACUGCUGUUGACGGCGGUUGGACCGGCAGAAGACAGAAGCUAUCAACGGCUGGACACGGACAGCGACGGGAGGACUCAAGGAGCUCGGCCGCCACCAGUGCAAAGCUUUCGGGACUUUGACAUGGGCGCGCGCGCUUCGUGCAAUGGCGCGCGCCCCGCGCCGGUCCGAGACGCUCGAAGCUGUGGGACAACUGGUCAUGAGGGUGGUUGCAAUGGAGCCCGGUCGUUGCUGCGCCCUUCUGCGCCCAGGCUUAUCGAGGAGUGGGGCGAGGUGCCAGCCCCGCGUCUGUCACGCACGCAGAGGCGAACGUUCCCCGUGGCGAGAGUCGUCACGAUCAGUAGCGACCCAAACGCGCCCGAGCCAGUGGUGCGAGGGAGGUGCAUUGUCUGCUUUGAGAACUGCCGCGAUGCUGUGUGCAUUCCGUGUGGGCACGUGGCCGGUUGCUACGACUGCACGCGAGCGGUGACACAGGAGAGCAAUUCGUGUCCAGUGUGCCGCGCCCAUGUGGACGGCGUGGUGAGGAUCAAGGAGUGA